AUGUAUUACAUCGCCGCCGCCGCCGCCACAACGAACAUCACUGCUACAAGAUACCCACAGCGGCGAACAUUGUUUGACGCAGCGCCAUUACCGGGACCCGACGGCGGCGUUGGCGGCGGAUUAGGAUUUAAUUCCGGAGGGUUUGCGAUGGAUGCCGGUGGAAUGACCGCAGUGGCAGGCGGAGCUGGAGGAGAAGCGGUCGGCGUGGGUGCUGGCGGAUGCGACUUGGCCACUGGAGGGAGAGCCGGCGAAACCCUCGGAGCCAAGGUUGGGCCCAGCCUCGAGGAUGGCGGACGGGCGGUCCGAGUCGGUGAUGCGGCCGGCGGCAUUCCCGGCGACAGAGCAGCGGCGGAAGAAGCUAAUGAAGCGAAGAGGAAGGCGAAGAGGAAGGUAGAAAGAGGCAUCGUUGAUGGGUGGAAGAAGGUCCGAUGA